AUGGAAAUGAAGUCAAGAUGGACCUUUUUGACUCUGAAAGGCGACAAAGAGCUCAGUAUGGUUAAUUUCCCUGUGAAGAAUUUGGAGCUGAAAGAUUACAUUCCUUUGCCAACACCCAAAGAGAACGAGAAAUUGCGUUCAAAAUAUGAUUUGAUUGCAAAUAUUGUUCAUGAUGGCAAGCCAGAUGACCAGAGUAAUACUAUGAUGUUUAUUGGGAAGUUUAUGUUCGAAUCUGAAAAUGGGCUGCUGAUGCUAGAAACUGUUAGACCUGCAGGACAAUCUCUUGUAGAUGACUGGAACUGCUUGAAGACACUUGUGAGGACUUAUAAGGAACAUUGUGGAUCUCUGUCAAGGUAUGGAAUGACGUAUAUGCAUGCCAUUGCUAACAUGUGCAAUGCUGGGGUGAAGAUGGAGCAGAUGACUAUGGCAUCAGCUCAAGCUUGCAUGGGGACCACCCUAAUUCAUGCAGCUCCCUCUACAAUGAAUUAA